AUGGGGCGGGCUCUGCUGCGGCUGCCGCCGCCGCUGCUGCUGCUGCUGCUGCCGCCGCCUCGGUUCUUCGUUCCCGGGCUUGGGAGAGGGGCUCUCGCGGAGGUGACGGAAGAAACCACGCCUCCCCUGCCCUUCCCAGGAGCGGUGGCUGACCUCGUGCCAUCCUCCUCUCCGCUCCCCCUUGGGGCCCAGCCCUCAGCGUCACCAGCCCAGCCUGGAAGACCCGGCACGGGCAGCACAGCCCAUCCCAGCGUGACGCUGGCCAGGUCCAAGCGCCUGCCACCUCUUGCGUUUAAUCACACAGUUGGCCGCAUAAUCCUUUCUGAACACAAAGACGUCAAAUUUAACUGCUCCAUCAGUAUACCUAACACGUACCAGGACACCCACAUUUCUUGGUGGAAAGAUGGGAAGGAACUGCUUGGGGCACAUCAUGCAGUCACCCACUUUUACCCUGAUGAUGAAGUCACAGCAGUGAUCGCAUCCUUCAGCAUCAUCGGUGUGCAGCGUUCAGACAGCGGGUCGUAUAGAUGUAAGACGAAAAUAAACCAUGAGGAGAUCGUGUCUGACCCCAUCUAUGUUGAGGUACAAGGACUCCCCCACUUCACCAGGCAGCCGGAGAGCAUGAACGUCACCAGGAACACUGCCUUCAACCUCACCUGUCAGGCCGUGGGCCCGCCGGAGCCCGUCAACAUUUUCUGGGUUCAGAACAGCUACCACGUGAAUGAACGGCCAGAAAAGUCCCCGUCUGUGCUGACUGUUCCUGGUCUGACCGAGACAGCAGUCUUCAGCUGUGAAGCCCACAACGAGAAGGGGCUGACCGUGUCCAAGGGCAUACAGGUCAACAUCAAAGCCCUCCCCUCCCCACCCACGGAAGUCAGCAUCCACAACAGCAGCCCACACAGCGUCCUGAUCUCCUGGGUCCCGGGCUUCGAUGGGUACUCCCCGUUCAGCAGUUGCAACAUUCAGGUCCAGGAAGUCGAUCCUCUGAGUAAUGGCUCUGUCAUGAUUUUUAACACCUCUGCUUCGCCACCUCGGUAUCAAAUCGAGCAGCUGCGAGCUCUGGCGAAUUACAGCAUCGGCGUGUCCUGCAGGAACGAGAUUGGCUGGUCCACCUGGAGCCCCUGGGUCCUGGCCAGCACCACCGAAGGAGCCCCAUCGGUAGCGCCUUUGAACGUCACUGUGUUUCUGAACGAAUCUAGUAACAAGGUGGACGUCAGCUGGAUCAAGCCUCCGAUCGAGCGGCAGGACGGGGACCUGGUGGGCUACCGGAUUUCCCACGUGUGGCAGAGCGCGGACACCUCCAAAGAGCUGACUGAAGAAGUCAACCAGAAUGGCAGCCACGCUCAGAUUCCUGUUCAAGUCCACAAUGCCACGUGCACAGUGAGGAUUGCCGCUGUCACCACAGGAGGGGUCGGACCUUUCAGUGCCCCAGUGAAAAUAUUCGUCCCUGCACACGGUUUGGUAGAUUUGGCCCCCUCAUCAACUCCAGCACCUGGCAACACAGACCCCGUGCACAUCAUCCUUGGCUGCUUCUGUGGAUUUGUUCUGAUUGGGCUGGUUUUAUAUAUUUCUCUGGCCAUCAGAAAAAGAGUCCAGGAGACAAAGUUUGGGAAUGCCUUCACCGGGGAGAACUUAGAACUGGUCGUCAAUUAUACCGCCAAGAAGUCCUUCUGUCGGCAAGCCAUCAAACUCACCUUGCGCAGCUUGGGAGUCAGCGAGGAGCUGCAGAGUAAGCUGGAGGACGUUGUCAUCGACAGGAGCCGUCUCGUUCUGGGGAAAAUUCUGGGCGAAGGAGAGUUUGGGUCUGUCAUGGAAGGAAAUCUUAGUCAGCAAGAUGGGACCUCUGAGAAAGUGGCUGUGAAGACCAUGAAACUGGACAACUUUUCUCAGCGAGAGAUCGAGGAGUUCCUCAGCGAGGCCGCGUGCAUGAAGGACUUCAGCCACCAGAACGUCAUCCGACUCCUAGGUGUUUGUAUAGAAAUGGGCUCUCAAGGCACCCCGAAGCCCAUGGUGAUUUUACCCUUCAUGAAAUACGGGGACCUACAUACCUACUUACUCUACUCCCGGCUGGACACAGGGUCAAAGCACAUCCCUUUGCAGACACUGGUGAAGUUCAUGGUGGACAUCGCCCGGGGGAUGGAAUAUCUGAGCAACAGGAAUUUCCUUCACCGAGACUUGGCUGCUCGAAACUGCAUGCUGCGAGAUGACAUGACUGUGUGUGUCGCGGACUUCGGCCUGUCUAAGAAGAUCUACAGCGGCGAUUACUACCGCCAAGGCCGCAUCGCUAAGAUGCCUGUGAAGUGGAUUGCCAUCGAGAGCCUCGCGGACCGCGUGUACACCAGUAAGAGUGACGUGUGGGCAUUUGGCGUGACCAUGUGGGAGAUUGCAACCCGGGGGAUGACGCCCUACCCCGGAGUCCAGAACCACGAGAUAUACGACUACCUGCUCCACGGCCACAGGCUGAAGCAGCCGGAGGACUGCCUGGACGAACUGUAUGAGAUGAUGCACUCGUGCUGGAGGGCCGAGCCCUUGGACCGACCCACCUUUUCCUUGUUGAGGCUGCAGCUGGAAAAGUUCCUGGAAAGUUUGCCUGAAGUGCAGGACAAAGACGACGUCGUUUACAUCAACACCCCGUUUCCAGGGGGCUGUGAGGGCCCGGCAGAGGGCCCCCCACUCGCUCAGCUGGACAUGGCCAUCGACCCCGACUCCAUCAUUGCUGCCUGCGCGUCCAACGCUGCUGUUAGCGUGGUCACCGCCCAAGUUCAUGAGAACGGCCCUCGCGAGGGGCGGUACAUUCUAAAUGGGGGCAGUGAGAACUGGGAAGACCUGGCUUCUGCCGGCCCAGCGACGGACAGGCACCGAAGGAGCAGGGUCUCCUGGUCCCAGUCCAGCACGCUGUCCUUGGAGAGCCCACUGCCAGAUGAACUUCUGUUUGCAGAUGACCCCUUGGAAGACUCAGAAGUCCUCGUGUGAGGAGAGCUGAGAAACACUCCCCAACCACGGAGGUCCCUCGCUUAGAGUUCCACGUAUGCCCAGUCUCUGGUUUCAGUCCCUGACCAAGUCAACGCCACGGCCCGAAAGCACCUGAUGAAUGUUGUUAAGUACGUCAUUAAAAAUGCAUAAUAUAUAUAUUUAUUUAAAGAGAAAAAUAUGUGUGUAUAUGGUAGAAAGAGACAGAGACUAUAUUUUCAUAAAAGAUGACUUAUUUUAUAUCACUGAUCUUACAGAUGGAAAAUGUAAGCAUUAACAGCCUCAUCUCUUGUUAACAUUUGCACAAAGUUCUUCCGUUUGUUUUAGUUCUUUUCAUUUUCCUGACUAUUCAAUGUAAAAAUAUUUGUGAAAUGAAAUGCCGUAUUUGACUUUGCUUCUGGUCUUAUGAAAAAUCUGAUAUUCCUCUGUGAGUCGUCUGUUUGAUACGAAUGACCUUUUGA